AUGAGAUCCCCUAGAACCCUGGAGGUUUGGAAGCUAGGCACUGUCAACUACUUGAAAUCACUUAAAGUUGAAGACAAGUUAGUCUCCGACAGAAAAGCUAAUCGAAUCCCCGAUACCCUCCUCUCUCUUCAGCAUCCACCAUCUUAUACCCUCGGAAAACGUAGAACCGAUCACAACCUACUGAUCCCUGAAGCUGAUCUCAAGGGCCUUGGAGCUGAGCUUCAUUAUACUCAAAGAGGAGGAGAUAUCACUUUCCAUGGUCCUCAUCAAGCCAUCUUAUACCCCAUCAUUUCCUUACGCAGCAUUGGUAUUGGUGCUAGGAACUAUGUAGAGACGUUGGAGAGGUCGAUGAUUGAAUUUGCUUCAGUUUACCGCGUGAAAGCUCGGGCAGGACACAAAGGUGAAACAGGGGUUUGGGUCGGGGAUAGAAAGAUUGGUGCGAUUGGGGUUCGUAUAUCCUCUGGAAUCACUAGUCAUGGUUUGGCCUUCAACAUAGAUCCUGAUCUGAAGUACUUUGAGCACAUUGUGCCUUGUGGGAUUGCUGAUAAAGAAGUCACAUCUCUGAGAAGAGAGACAGAUACUAUGCUGCUUCAUUCUGAAGAAAUGAUGAUGUUGUGUGGAAGGAAGAUCCUUCAUUCAUUUUGGACAACGAGGAGGAGGAGUAUAAAGACUAAUAGUCCUUCAGGUUUAACUCGGUUUAAUCCGGUUUAA